AUGGAAUUCCCUUCAAAACCAUUAACCCAACUCCUAGGCUCAAACGGCCCCGUCCACGCCCUAACCUACUCCUCCUCCCCCUCAACCUACAUCCUAACCGGCUCCUCCGACCGCAGCAUCCGCCUCUACAACCCAUCCCACCCCUCCUCAUCCUCCUCUUCCAAUCCCCUCGCACCCCCCAAACCAACCCAACUAAUCCAAACCUACACCGCCCACGGCUACGAAAUCCUCUCCCUCACCGUCUCCGCCGACAACGCAACCUUCGCCUCCUGCGGCGGCGACCGGUCCGUCUUCCUCUGGGACGUCACCACCGCGCAGACCCUCCGCCGCUUUGGCGGGAAUCAGGGCCACACUGCCCGCAUCAACGACGUUACGUUUGCGGGGGAGAAUAAUUCGUUGUUGAUUUCUGGGAGUUUUGAUGCGAGUGUCAGGAUCUGGGAUGUCAAGGCGGGGAACAUGAAGCCGGUUAUGGUGCUGGAUGAGGCGAGGGAUAGCGUGAGUUGUGUGUUGGCGAGUGAGAGCGAGGAGGGCGUGAUUUGGGCGGGGAGUACGGAUGGGCGGGUCAGGGCGUAUGAUUUGAGGAUGGGGAGGGUGCGGACGGAUGUCCUGGGGGCGCCGGUUACGAGUUUGCAAAGGACGAGGGAUGGGAAGGGGGUUUUGGUGGGCACGUUGGAUAGUUGUGUUAGGUUGAUGGAUCGGGGGAGUGGGGGCUGUUUGAGGAGUUAUAAGGCGGAGGGGUGGAGGAAUGAGGAGUUUAGGGUGAGGAGUUGUUUUGGGGGGAAUGAGAGGUGGGUUGUUUGUGGGAAUGAGGAGGUCAAGGGGGAUGAUGGGGAGGUGGUGGUUUGGGAUACGUUGAUGGGGGAUGUGGUUGAGAGGAUUACGGUUGAAGGUUCGAAGGUUGAGGGGAAGAAGAAGAUUGGGAGGGAUGGGAAGGAGAAGGAGAAGAGGAAUGUUAUAAGUUGUGUGGCGUGGAAAGAGAAUGGGAGGGGUGAUCAGUGGUGUUGUGCUGGGACUGAUGGGAUUGUUACGGUCUUUGGCCCUCCUUGA